AUGUUUCUUGUUUUUUCCGCUCUAUCUGUUUCAAAGCAAUGGGCAGUUUUAAUGGCCGGUUCUCGUGGCUAUAACAACUACCGUCACCAAGCCGAUAUUUUCCACAUCUACGACAUCAUAAAGACCCGUGGAUUUCCAAAAGAAAAUAUUAUUACAUUAGCCUACAACGAUGUUGUUAGACAUAAAGACAACCCAUACCCAGGCAAAAUCUUCGCCACAGCAGACCAUAAAAACGUAUACCCAGGCCGUGAAAACAUCGAUUAUACAGGACAAGAUGCUAAUGCAGAGAAUUUCUUCCGUGUUUUACUCGGCGAUACACACAACGGCAGAGCAUUGCAAUCCACAGCUGAAGACGACGUUUUCGUUUAUUACGAUGAUCAUGGUGCUCCAGGUCUUCUCUGCGUUCCUCAUAACAAUGGACCCGAAAUUUAUGCUGAUAACAUCGCCUCCGUUAUUUCCCAGAUGAAAAAGGAAAAGAAAUUCCGUAAUCUCUUCUUCGUUAUUGAAGCUUGUUAUUCCGGCUCCGUUGCGCUUAACAUCACCGAGCCAAAUGUUUUUAUCAUUACAGCGGCUUCAGACCAGCAGCCAUCUUACUCCGCUCAGUGGGAUUCGAGGCUCCAUACUUUCAGAUCUAAUGAGUUCACACAGAACUUCCUUAAGUACAUUUUGGAGCACCCAGAUGGCAGAUUAAUCGAUUCCGCCAACGCAGCUGCCGAACGAACAGUCCACAGCCAUGUUUUAUCAUUUGGCGAUAUGAAGCUUGCCAAAUUACCACUUUCCACCUUCUUACUCAACGCAGAACCAGAAGAGGUUAACAACGAGGACUCUGGCGAUUCUGAAAACUCAGUAGAAAACGGUGCAUCAACACAUGUUGCAGCUCUUGAGUAUCUCCAGCGCCGUUUGAAGGAGACAACAUCCAAGGAAGAGGCCAACGCCAUCAAAGGACAGAUCGAACAUGAAGUCCAGCGUAGAGCUCGCUCUGAUAAGAUAUUUGAUGGAAUUACCCGCAGAAUUGUUCCAAAUGGCUUACCUGUUGGCACAAAGUUCGUCAACUACAUCGAUUACGACUGCUAUAGAACAGCUAUUGAAGGUUUCCGUACUUAUUGUGGUGAAAUUGAUGAAAAUGAGCUUGCAAAGAUGAAUAUUUUCACUCACCUUUGCGAACGCACAGACAAGAAGACAAUUUUAGAAGAUAUCAAGAAGGAAUGCCCUGUUAUCCAGUGGGAUCAGGAAGAACUUUACUUCUAA